CAGAAGGAGCUGAGGACGGCCACGGAGGAGACCUGCAAUACGGCCUACAAGCCCGCCCCCUUGCAGGAGGAGAAGCUGCUUGACAAGCACUUCUUCGCGGUAGGCCUCACCGAGAAGAUCGAGACGGACAUCAAGGCGGCCUCCACGGCCGCGAGCAUCACCGACGACUCACACGAGAUCGACGGCAAGCAGAAGGAGCUAGACAUCCAGCCACGUACGUCGUCCAUCAACGAUGUGCUGGGCGACAAGGUUGUGCUCAAGACCUCGGAGCACGACGGGUCGGCUGCAGCCGACAGCCUCUUUUCACGCAUGGCAGACUCCCACUGCGUGCUCAAGACCUCGGAGUACGGCUGGACUGCCACGCGCCUCACCUUGGCCCACGAGAAUGCCACCGAGGGUAGGACGGACGGCAACGUGCGCACCUCCAUGGGCAUGGGCAAGGACAAGGGCAAGUACGAGGGCAAGGCGAGGGGCAAGGGCGCCCGCUCCCUCGUCACCUGACCCCUGUCCUCUGGCCCCCGUCCAAGCCCCCACCGCCAUCGGUGGUGCUGCGGGCUUGUGAGGGGCCACUCGCCUGGCGGUCUCUGCCCUGGGUCCCUGCCUACUCGGCACGCCCAGGCACCGUCAGGCCACCCCACCUGGAGGGUGACUGGCCAGAGCCGCGUGCGUAUGGCCCGAGG